AAACCGCGAUAUACGGCGAUAUACGACGAUACGUCGACCGCAUCUAUCGAUAUUGCGCCCAAAGCAGCGAGCACGAACGAACUCCGAGCUGGCGAUCAUCACGUGAAGGUCGAGCCAGCUUCCUCGGGCUAUUUUUACCUGUUCUGCUCGGGCUGGUGCUCAGCGGACUUGAAGCAGUGGCGCCGCGUAUGAGUCCUAGAUGUGUGUUUUGAUGCUCAGCAACGUCUCUUCUUCUCUCUCUCUUCUUCACAGUAGUACUCUCUCUUCUUCACUACUUCUACUCCCCUCCAAGAGCCAAGUCGGGGCUGUUAGGGUUGGCUACCCCGCAAAGGCACAGAUUUUAAGGUUUAAUUUAAUCCGAAACUUUAAUCACUGGCGAGACCAGCAGGUCGGACACGUGCAACAGAGCAGAGACAUGGGAUCUGGUAGAAUGAAGAUGUACUAGUAAGAGAAAGAAGGAGAGAGAAAGAGAAGAAGAGAGAAGUAGAUAUAUGCAACAGAUAAUAGAGAAGAAGAAGACAAACAUCCUGCCGCGUAAUCAGCUAUGCACAGACUCAUCUCUACUCACUUCAAUCUACUACUUCGAGGUGCCCUGUGGCGAUGAUCGCUUGCGACUUCCCCGGCAGACUUUUGAUUGCCCAACUUUGUUUCUCAAACCGAAUCCCCACAAACCGCCCAUCCGCAGGCGGCAGUACUCCCGCUCCGCCCGCAUAGCAUCCGCCAUCCUCGCCCUCUGCGUCUUCUUCCUCCUCGUCUUCCCCCGUCCCCCCGACUCCGUCUCCUUCGCCCCCUCCGCCAUCGACCGCAUCUCCGCCUCCGUCUCCGCCUCCGUCUCCGCCUCCCACCCCGCCCUGCAGGCCCUCGCCCGCGCCCGCUCGAACCGGAAAGAAAACGAAGCAAAGCUCGCUGACGUCCACGCAAAAGCAAAAGCCGCCGCCGACGCUUCCCUGCAAGCCGCCGCCCUCGCCGCCCACGAAAAAUUCUCAAACACAAAAUCAGACGAGCUCUUCAGCCACCCCGAAAAGACCCAGGACUCAUACAAGCUCCGCCUCUCCUCCGACGGCGACAUCAUCAAAACCCCGGAUGGAAUAGUCAAGCCCCCCGUCGUCGCACCCGUGCCUGCUUCCAUAAUCUCGACCGACACUUCCGCAAAGCAGCAGCCCGGCAACCCAGGCGUCCCCUCGCUCGUCAUGCGCGACGAGGAAAUGGCCGCCAUCGAACAACUAGUCGAGGCCGAUAUCCCGCCGCACAUCCGCGACGACGACUACGACCAGGACCGUACCGUCCACGAACUCUUCCUCCGGCUCACGUCCGGCCAGGAUAAGUCCACUGCUGCUGCCACCCCCCUCCGCGAACGAUACCAGUCCACCGUCUCCGCGCAGAAGCGGCCGCAGAACGUCAAGCGCGCGCUCGUCGACGAGCUCAAAGUCAGCUUGGAAGACGACUCCGUCGAGCUCGAGUAUCUCGUCUAUCUCGAGGACAUGAUGGUCGGCACCGACCUCGCCGACGACAUAGAGCCCGUUGGCGUCGGUCAGUAGCUGUUGUUCAUAGAAGGCGUUUCAUCAAGUUCAAGCUUGUCUGUAGUUUAUCAUUGUUACCCUAAUAUUAGUGAUUUCUUUGUAAUCAUUGCUGUGUCAGUAGUUAUGUAAUC